AUUGUCCCAGMAGACGUUGAGUAAUCUAGAUAACGGAUUCUAUAAAUAACGACUUCGAGCCGAGAGAGAGCAUCUUCUUUACUCACACAGACGGUUCGAUCAUGGCUAAGAUUCAUUCAAUCCUGGUCAUUUUUGGGGUACUUUUGGGAUGUUUAAGACUCAGGUUCGUGGACGGUUCUGAUAACAUUGGAUCAAUAUGUCAGACACUUUGGAACGCAGAUAGCAACAGUCUCGUUAGUGGRGUGGACUUCCAGCUGAAUCUACAGAACCAAUUACCGUAUUCUAACCGAUAUGAUWUGGCCAGCAGAAAACUGUUCUAUCGCGUGAAUGAACAGAAGCUGAAAUCCCCUACGUUUGUAGCAUUCAAAGCUUUGCUUGAUAACUACGUCAGCAAGACUGGAAUAACCGAGUCMUCGUCAAGCCAGGAAGCAUCAGAAAUUUCCAGAUUUCUUACAGCUAUCAUGGGUACUAAACCGAUCAAGGCACUUCACAGAUACUUGGUUUCACGAGGAAAGGCGCCAACCAGUGAGUCUUCAUUCAAACACGCCCUCAAGGUCAUGUGGUUCUACUUUUACCGUCGCAAAGCAUAUCGGGAUUCAUCAGGAUUUGAACACGUGUUUCUGGGUGAAACUAAAACGAAAAAUGRCGCCACAGAAAUAACUGGAUUCCACAACUGGCUUCAGUUUUACUUGGAAGAAAAACGAAAUUCUGCGAAUUAUCAUGGGUUUUUCAAAGUCAGGAAAUACACUGCGCCUGUUCAGCUGAAACUGCAACUUUCUUGGCACAACUAUCUGAAACCCGUGACAAGUUUCUUUCUCGGCACCAGCCCCGAGUUCGAGAUCGGUCUCUACACGGCUUGUUUUGUCCUAAGACCCAAUCUCAAGUGUACUUGUAAUGUGAAUGGUCAGACGAUAGCUAUUCAGAGCUAUACUCAGUCCACAAGAUAUGUUGGAUCAGCUUUCCCUAUUAUAUAAGGAAAUCGAAAAUUCGUUCUAAUUAAUUUUAGUGCGAUUCUAAAAAUAAAAACAAACAAAAAUAAA